AUGAGCGCUCCACGUCCUGCCUCGCACUCCACGUCCGACGAUGCGAUAGCGCUCACUGCAUCUCUUUCUCCCAAGCCGGUCUACCUUAUCCGGUACGACAGUCUCCCGUGCAGCGACGGUCCAGGUCACGCUCAACCACCCAGGGGCAAGAACGUUGGGUACACCAAUGACCUAGACCUGGUGAAGCUAGCCGAAAGGUUCAAAAGGAGCGACCUUUUGCGCGACAAGAUUUGGCAGGUCAAGAAGUACGAAGCGGGGAUGAGGGGCCAAAAAAGGCUCAAGAAAAUGGACGAUGGACCGGUGGAGAUGAAGAAUGGAAAUUGGGCUACAUUCCAUGGUAGGUAUAACGCUAUCAUGGCCACCCGCGAUUGGCUCGCGUGGCAGGAGAAGUUAUAUGAGCGGAUGCAGGGGGACACGUACGGAACACGGAUUGAUGAGAGCGUGGAGGAGCCGCAAGGCGACGCCGUGAUGGAAUCGCAACAAUAA